AUGGGUAGGUUAAAAUUGACGACUUCACAACAUUCACCAACAGAAAAGGAAGAAGAAGAAAAAGAAAAAGAAAGGGAGUACCUUCAACGACAGUCGGCAGCAUCGCAAUUCGCAGCGCAGAAGAAGAAGAAGAAGAAGAAGAAGAAGAAGUCGAAGGGAGAACGACAGUCGACAGCAAAUAGCACUAGUGCCACUUCUUCAAAAACUAGGGAGGAAGAAUCUAAUCAUUUGUGGAGAUAUGUAACUAAACUUGAGAAAACUGGAGAAGGAGGGGGUAAUUGUAAAUGGAUAUGCAAUUUUUGUGGACAAGAAAAGCAAGGGACUUAUACUAGAGUGAGGGCUCAUUUAUUAAAAAUCACUGGGAUUGAUGUGUGUAAAAAAGUGAUGAAUGAUAGUAUUUCUGAAAUGAGGAAACAAGAGGAUGAGGCAACAAACAAAAUUACCAAUUCACAAUCUAGGCGAGUUUCUUUGCCUAUUAGUAUAACUUCUGUUCCUUCAUUAAAUAUAACUGAACCAAGUAUUUCAGCAGCUUUGAAGAAAAAAAGAGUUAAUGAUUCUCCUUUUGGUAGAGCUUUUGACUUGCAAACUAGAGCUCAAUUAGAUGCAAAGAUUGCUAUAAUGUUCUACACUGGGGGUCUACCUUUUAAUUUUGCUAGAAAUCCUUAUUAUGUGAGUUCUUAUUCUUUUGCUGCUAAUCAUGUUUUGGGUGGUUAUGUGCCGCCUGGUUAUAACAAAUUGAGAACCACAUUACUUCAGCAAGAAAAAGCAAAUGUAGAGAGGUUGCUAGAACCAACUAAAAACACUUGGUUAGAAAAGGGUGUUAGUAUUGUGAGUGAUGGUUGGAGUGAUCCCCAAAGGAGGCCUUUGAUUAAUUUUAUGGUUGUUUCUGAGUCUGGCCCCAUGUUUAUCAAAUCUGUAGAUUGUUCUGGUAAAAUGAAAGAUAAGCAAUUUAUUGCUAAUUUGCCAAAAGAAAAUAUAUGUGCAGCAAAAAAUUUGGAAACUAAUCAAGAAACUUAUGAUGUGUGUCACUGGAUCACUGAAAUCCAUGGGGAUGCUUUGCAAAUCAAGAAUUUUAUAAUGAAUCAUUCCAUGAGGCUUGCAAUUUAUAAUCGGUUUAGCCCUUUGAAAUUGCUUUCAGUUGCUGACACUCGUUUUGCUUCUAUUGUUGUGAUGCUUAAAAGAUUUAAACUUAUUAGGCAUGCUUUAGAAGCAAUGAUUGAUUACAUCAUUGCUUUUACUGGGCCCAUUUAUGAUAUGAUCAGAGUUUGUGACACAGACAAAACAUGCCUUCAUUUGGUUUAUGAGUUGUGGGAUUCUAUGAUUGAAAAGGUGAAGCAAGUUAUUUUUGAUCAUGAAGGAAAGCAAGCAGAUGGAUCUUAUAGUGAAAAAUGGUUUCAAGAGGGAGAAGGUAGAGUGCCUCCUCAUAUGGAUGGAGAAGUAUCAACUGAAAGAAUUAAAUGCUUUAGGAGGAUUUUUUCUAAUGAAGAUGAGCGAAUUAGAGCAAAUGAUGAAAUUGCAAAUUUUUCUUUGAAAAGUGGACCUUUUGCUGAUCCUGAUUCUAUUGAAAGUAUGUAUGUUACAAAUCCUAGGAAAUGGUGGGCAUGUUUUGGUUCUAAUGCACCUUUACUUCAAAGGUUGGCUUUUAAAGUGCUUGGACAACCUACUUCCUCCUCUUGUUGUAAAAUAAAAUGGAGUAUUUAUUCCUUCAUUCAUUCAUGUAGAAGGAAUAAAUUAACUCUAAAACGUACAGAGGACUUGGUUUUUAUCCAUAAUAAUCUUCGUCUUCUGUCGAGAAACUCCUCCCAAUAUUAUAAUGAGAAGACAAAAUUGUGGGAUGUUGGUGGUGAUCAAUUUGGGAGUAUGGAAGAUGUGGGAGUUCUUGAAUUUGCCAACCUUUCAUUGGAUGAACAAGAGUUAGAGUCUGUUUUGUUUGAUGAAAAUGCAACUACGAACAUGGAGAAGGAGAAAUACAAUGAAGUUGAGGAAAUGUCAUAA